CCCGGAUCCAUGAAUAUACAGUUCUGUCAAUAUCAAUCAAUCAAUCAACAUUAAGACAAACAUCAACUUGACCCGGGUCUUUGCUCCUUUGCUUCUUUGGGCCUCGGCCUCCCUCGAUAUUCUCCUAGCGAACCUGGAAGUCCAGCCUUCACGACACUAUACUAGGGACUCGCCUCCUGCUGCAUCAUUGUCCCUGUCACUUCUCUGCAGAUCCCCAGAUUAUCAGAUCGUCAGCUUACAGCACAGAAUCCAGUUAUCAAUCCAUCUGAUAAUCUAGAAGGGCGUAGUUCUGUUCUGUACUGGAACACCUUCCACCUGGAGUUCUCCCACUACCUGCCUAGGUAUACCCAUCAUCAGACGCAUCUAGCAGGAUUAUAUCUCACCGCAUAACGACCAUGGCGACACUGAAUCCAGAGUCUCGCGUACUCAUCGUCAUGACCGGCGGCACCAUCUGUAUGAAGUCGAGUCCUGAGGGCUUGGUCCCGGCUAGAGGCUUCCUGCAGGCUGGCAUGGCCCCCAGGCCCUCCUUUAACGACGGUUCCAAACUAGAUCCUCUUCCCGUAAUGACUGAUGCUUCAACAAAAGAAUACUUCCCCAGUCUCCGAACCCCACCGAGCACCUACUCUAACCAUAUCCGAUAUACCCUCUAUGAAUUCCCCAAGCUCCUUGACUCUUCCUCCAUAUCAUCGGCUGGAUGGGGUCAAAUAGCUACCACGAUCCAAAAUAAUUACUCUCUAUACGAUGGCUUUGUUAUCCUACACGGAACCGACAGUCUAGCAUAUACCAGUUCUGCCCUCUCUUUCAUGUGCGCCCAUUUAGGAAAACCGAUCAUCUUGACAGGAUCCCAGGCUUCCAUUUUUGCAUUGCAGUCAGAUGCGGUGGAUAACCUACUUGGAUCCCUGAUUAUCGCCGGGACGUUUAUGAUCCCGGAGGUGUGCCUCUUUUUCCAUCAUAAUCUGUAUCGAGGAAAUCGAGCUACGAAAAUCUCCGCUUCUGCCUUUGAUGCAUUUGCAAGCCCCAACUACCCACCGUUAGCAAAAGUCUCUGCUAUGGGCGCAGAGGUAAACUGGAACCUGAUCAGUCGACCCAGGGCCAUUGCUAAAUUCGAGGUCCAAACCAACCUCGACACAGCACACGUAGCCUGCCUUCGAAUCUUUCCGGGAAUCAAACCAGAGAUGAUCGACGGUGUGCUCCGCCUGGAGGGCCUACGUGGUCUGAUUCUGGAGACCUUUGGCGCGGGAAAUGCCCCGGAAGGCGAGGAUGGAAGCCUUACAGCUGUAAUAAGGUCUGCCGUUCAGCGCGGGGUAGUCGUUGUCAAUGUCUCACAGUGUCAAUCCGGCUUUGUGUCUCCCCUCUAUGCGCCUGCCACCGCACUAGGCAAGGCAGGAGUAGUAUUUGGACAUGACUUGACAACCGAAGCGGCACUUACGAAGCUGUCUUACCUCCUUGCACUCCCGGAUCUAGAGUAUAACGAAAUCACAACGCAGAUGCAGCUCAGCAUCCGCGGCGAGAUGACCGAGGUCCUAAGCACGCAAUUCACGCACCCCGCUACUGAUGUGCCCGUUAUCACCGAGCGCCAACAAGCCUUCACUGCACUCGGACACGCCAUCGCGAAUGGUGAUGUGGACGCUGUCGUCCAGCUACUUACCGGAGACCCGUAUGGGCUUCUGGAUGCAAAGGACUAUGCUGACAACACGGCGUUGCAUCUGGCUGCCGUGGCGCCGGAUGUUCGGGUAUUGGAGGAAUUACUCAACCGAGGCGCAAGCGUCCAUGUGAGGAAUCGCGCGAGUAAUACGCCACUCUUCCUAGCAGAGCAGGUAGGGGCAACGGAACAUGUAAGGCUGUUAAGGGAGAGCGGGGCACAUUUUCAUGUUGAGGAAACCGAGAGAUUGAGGGGAGAUACUUAGAGGGACUCUGGUAGUGAAAGGAUAUCCAGGUCAGAAAUUUCUGACAAGUCAAGGGAAAUUCGGAGAUAUCUGGGAUGUGUUCUCGAAGCAUACGCUUGCUAGGCCAAAGAUUCCCGUGGGCAUCGUUGGGCGGGCAUAUACCAGUUGCAGUCUCUUAAUGCCACAUGUCCGCCUGUAAAUAUAAACUAUAAUCUAUGUAAUUCUAGGCAAAGUAACAAGCCAUCACCGGUGGAGAAGUAGAAUAUCAAAGGUACUAAAUCGCGC